AUGCCCUAUGUAAGCCCUCGAACGGCCGAGGUCCAGCCCAUCCAGCAUCAGGACAUCGUACCAAGGUCUUGGACAGUACCAUUUGCAACCGAUCAUUCAUCCACUGUACUCCCAAAUUUCAUUUUUAUUGCUACGAGAAGAAGCAGAUCAACAACUGGAGUGACUGCUGGAGUAACAUCCACCACUGCGAAAAAUGGGGAAUUAAGUUACGUUGAAUCGAACGAAGAACACUCGUGGGAUAGUAUAAAACUUCAAAAAUUAGAUGCGCGAACAAACGCAUGGUCGAAAAAUAAUGAAAACUCUUCGGACGACAAUAUCGAAAUUGUAAAUGACGAAAACAGUGGUAUACCCGAAGGAAAAUCAUACGGCGAGAUACCAAAUCCAAUUUCAAUACCAAAACCAAAUCCAGUUUUGCCGACUUACAAGCCAUCACCUCUUCCACCAUUGCCACCGGGUUGUUUAACGUCGAGAGGACAAUUUUCAAGUCCAAAAAGUUGUGCUAAUUAUUUGAAUUGUUGGGACGAUGCUGUGGUCGAACAAACAUGUCCCAAUGGAUUGCUUUUCAAUGAUUUUUCUAAUGUUUGCGACUUUGAUUACAACGUUAAUUGCGGAAGCAGACCCCUUCCAACACCGAAACCACCACUACCGCCAAGUUCAAAGUUUUGUCCAACGCCGUACGGACAUUACCGUAGCUCAACGAACUGCUCAGAAUUCUACGUUUGUCUGGCCAGUAAACCCAUCAAAUUCGGUUGUCCUCAAGGAUUGGUCUACAAUGACGAAUUAGGCGUUUGUGAUUAUGUUCGUAACGUCGACUGUAAAGGUAGUGCCACACCGAAACCGCAACCAUCAACAACUCAAUCUUGGUCAACAGCUUCCCCAGUUUCUUCUCAGAAUCCUUCUUAUCCUUCUUAUCCUUCAAAUCCUUCGCAAUCUCCCUAUCCAACGCAACAACCUUCCUACGUUCCGCAGCAACCUACAAGACCACCAAGUCCUUAUCUUGCAACUUCUUGGGGAAGUAACGUCAACGUAGAAUCAUGGCAACAACGAUCUAACCAACAAGACGUACAAAAAGAAGAAGAUAAAGAGAUAGUCACUUCGAAACCAGAAACGUUACAGGAAUCACCGGAAUCGAGUAUAACGAAUCCAUGGACCGUUCUUCAUACCAUACCAGCAUCUAUGAGCAAAGUUCCAUGCACGGAUGGUGAUCUGCAUAAACUCGAUGAUGCUUGCACCAGCGUAAUCGUUUGUAGGCUUGGUCGACCACAAUUAGUACGAUGCACGACGGGGAUGAUUUAUGAUAGACCAACGGACUCCUGCAAACCCUUUGUCAUUGCAAAAUGUUAA